AUGGAGACCGGCGCCCCGCCUGACCUCCGCGACGUCGAGCAGAAGCUGGGGCGCAAAGUGCCCGAGAGCCUGGCGCGGCCCCUGCGCGGGGAGGAGCUGCCGGCCCGCCCCGCCGCCGCGGCCCCCGGACCCCGCCGCCGCCGCGCUGCCGCCCUGGCCCGUCUGGAGACGAAACUUCAGCUCCUGAGGCAGGAGAUGGUUAAUCUCCGAGCCACUGAUGUGAAGCUUAUGCGCCAGCUCCUACUCAUCAAUGAAAGUAUUGAAUCAAUCAAGUGGAUGAUUGAAGAGAAAGCCAUAGCCAGCAGAGGCAGCAGUUUGAGUGGAAGCCUGUGCAGCUUGCUAGAAAGUCAGGAGACAUCGCUCCAUGGCAGCUGUAACAGUUUGCAAGACUGUAGUGAUGGACUGGAUGGAAUAUCAGUGGGGAGUUACUUGGACACCUUAGUGGAUGAUGUUCCUGGUCACCAGACCCCUUCAGAUCUGGACAAAUUCAGUGAUUCUUCUGUCACGGAGGACUCACAGUCUCUGCAUAAGCAUCCAAAAAUUGAUUCUGAUGAGUACUACUGUUUUGGUUAAUAAGAACAAGUUCCAGUGGGACACAAAUGCACUUGUACUUAACCUUUUUCUUUGCUGCUAUUUUAUUUCAUGUGCAAAACCCCCAAAGUCCUCUUGGAAGGAGAAUAUAGUAUGAUACUUCGAUUCUAUUGCUUAACUUUUCUAUUGCUUCUCCUUGAUGGGUUGGGUUUGUCUCAUCCUCCUCCUUCUCACAUUUUCUUAAUUUAUUGUCACAAUUAUUUUUGCUUUAAUUUUUUACAAUGCUAUAUUUACAAGUCUGUAAAACUGGUCAAGGAAAAGCUUUAUCUUUAAAAUUAAACAUCAGAGAAUGAAUAAACAAUGAUUAACAAUUUUGUAUUUGUUGUUAAUAAAACAUCAUGUGAAAAAUA